UUCAUCACUAAUAUUCAGAAGCUGUGAACUGAGCCUCAGGUAUGUGGCUCCUCUUCAUCAUGCCUUACUGGGGUUCAAUUGAAGACAACUGACAGAAGAGAGUUAAGUCACUGAAGGCUACUGACAAAAGCCUUUUGUUACCUGGUUCUCUACUGUACAGAAAUAGCUACAAUUCUGAGCAAGAGCCAUCAGGAUUUUCUAGGAGGACAAAGGUAACGGUGACGUUAUGAUCUCGGCGGGUCUCCAGCUCCUUGCUUUUGCCCUGGCCUUAACUGGGGUCUCUGGAGUGCUCAUGGCCACCCUGCUGCCCAACUGGAAGGUGAAUGUGGACCCGGGCUCCAACAUCAUCACAGCCAUCGUGCAGAUGCAAGGGCUGUGGAUGGACUGCACGUGGUAUAGCACGGGGAUGUUCAGCUGCACCUUGAAGUACUCCGUCCUGGCCCUCCCCACCCACGUGCAGGCCGCUCGGGCCGCCAUGGUCCUCGCCUGUGUCCUGUCUGCUGUGGGGAUGUGCACUGCCACAAUCGGGAUGAAAUGCAUUCGCUUAGGAGGGGACAGGGAAACCAAGAGUUACGCUUGUUUUGCUGGGGGAGUCUGCCUCAUAUCUGCGGGGAUCUCUGGUUUAAUACCAACGGUGUGGUACACAAAGGAGAUCAUAGCAAACUUUGUGGAUGUGACAGUUCCAGAAAGCAACAAACAUGAACCCGGAGGAGCUGUCUACAUUGGAUUCAUUUCGGCCAUGCUGCUGUUUAUCUCUGGCAUGAUUUUCUGUAUAAAAAAGGAUUCGGAGGCUUGGCUCCACCCAUCCAAGCAGGAGCACGUCCCCACCACACAGCCAGAGGACCGUUCAGCAAACAGCCUGAAGGAUUAUGUGUGAAUAACUGUGGGAUGCACAUGACUUAAGUGCCUGCUGUGAUUUCUGUCUUUAUUUUAGAUUAAAUACAAGAAUUGUGCUUGCCUUUCUCUACAAAGAAUGUAAAAUACUUAAAAAAUGAAGUUCGAAAUGCCAACAA